CGAUGCCGUACUAACACAUCCAGAGCAUUAAAGAAGCUUCAAACCGGCAGCUUUUUUUUCUUUUCCGUUUUUUUGAGGCAAAGAAAACGGGGGCGGAGUCUGAGGAGUUUGAUUCAAGUGCAUCCCGUUUUUUGUGGUUGACGGUGAACCGGGUCACGUGGGGGGGUGCUGGAGCCUAUCCCAGCUGACUUCGGGUGGAAGGCGGACUACACCCUGAACUGGCCGCCAGUGGGUCGCAGGGCACAUAUAGAGGCGAACAACCACUCACAUCCACAUCGACUUCGUCACUGCUGUCCCCUCACAGGUCCAAGCGUGUGUAGAUGUGCGACAGCGGACUGUGCGAGGACAAGCCCCCCGCCCCCCCUGUCAGGAUGAGUAGCCAAGGAGGAGGAGCCAAGGACUCCCAAUCGACCAAUCAUAGCUCUCGGCCGCUUCCGUCCGUGCCCGAGGAGCGCAAAUCCAGAAACAAGAUCAUCUCAAUUUUUGCCUCGGAGAAAGGAGGUAGGAAGAAGGACCGGGACAAGGAUAGGCCGGAGAUCUCCUCCCCGUCUGACUUUGAACACACCAUCCACGUGGGGUUUGAUGCCGUCACUGGAGAAUUCACGGGCAUGCCGGAGCAAUGGGCCCGUCUCCUCCAAACCUCCAACAUCAGCAAAUCGGAACAGAAGCAGAAUCCCCAGGCGGUCUUGGAUAUCCUCAAGUUCUACGACUCCACCAGCGGGAAGCAGAAAUACCUCAGCUUCUCAGCCUCAGAUAAAGAUUCACCGUCGGUUAAGCAGGUCACCAGCGGCUCCUCGCCGGGCGGCAAAGACGCUGAUGACGACGAUGACGAUGACACGCCGCCGCCCGUCGUGGCACCCAGGCCGGAACACACCAAGUCGGUUUACACACGGUCAGUGAUCGACCCUCUCCCGCCACCGGAGGGCGACGCGGGGUCCAAAGUGGCCGACAGGCAGAAGAAGAAAGGCGGCAAAAUGACAGAUGAGGAAAUCAUGGAGAAACUCAGAACGAUCGUUAGCAUCGGAGAUCCCAAGAAGAAAUACACUCGAUACGAGAAGAUCGGACAAGGAGCAUCUGGAACCGUCUACACGGCCAUAGAUGUUGCUACGGGGCAGGAGGUGGCCAUCAAGCAGAUCAACUUGCAGAAGCAGCCCAAGAAAGAGCUGAUCAUCAACGAGAUCCUGGUCAUGAAGGAGAUGAAGAAUCCCAACAUUGUCAACUUUGUCGACAGUUUCCUGGUUGGGGAGGAGCUGUUUGUGGUGAUGGAGUACCUGGCGGGCGGCUCCUUGACCGACGUGGUGACGGAGACCUGCAUGGACGAGGCCCAGAUCGCAGCCGUCUGCAGGGAGGUCCUUCAGGCACUGGAGUUUCUUCACGCUAAUCAGGUCAUCCAUCGAGACAUCAAGAGCGACAACGUACUGCUGGGAAUGGACGGAUCGGUUAAACUCACCGACUUUGGCUUCUGCGCUCAGAUCACGCCGGAGCAGAGCAAGCGCAGCACCAUGGUGGGCACGCCGUACUGGAUGGCUCCUGAGGUGGUCACCAGGAAGGCCUACGGGCCCAAAGUGGACAUUUGGUCUCUGGGCAUCAUGGCCAUCGAGAUGGUGGAGGGAGAGCCGCCCUAUCUUAACGAGAACCCUCUCAGGGCAUUGUAUUUAAUCGCCACCAACGGCACCCCGGAGCUGCAAAGUCCCGAGAAGCUGUCCCCCGUCUUCAGAUCCUUCCUGUCCCGAUGUUUGGAGAUGGACGUGGAGAAGCGAGGGUCUGGCCGAGAACUGUUGCAGCAUCCUUUCCUGAAGCUGGCUAAGCCCCUGUCCAGUCUGACUCCUCUCAUCCUGGCUGCCAAGGAGGCCAUGAGGAGCAACCGCUAAGUAUGCAAGAGGGUACUUCCCUUAAAAACCAAAUGUCAGUGUUUUUUUUUUUUUCAUCUCUGUGCCUUAUUUGCGAGGCGUUUCUCGACACGCCACGUGCAAUUUGAACUUGUUAAAUUAAUUACCCGGCCCUGCACACACACACACACAGAUCAGGGAUCCAUAUUAUCAGUCUUUCCUGCCAGCCCUCGUUCAUUUUGGGGGGGUUAGCCGAAGAGCUCAGCUGUCAAAAUGAAUCACGAGAGGGGGAGGUUGGGAACGUGAGCGUCCAUCAAGACAAUCAAAGCAUUUUAAUUCAUACGCCGUACUGUGUGUAUGUGGCAUAUGUAGAAAUCAAACACCCGUCAUCUGCCGUUUCUGCAUCAACAUGUCACGGGUGAAUAAACUCUUACUCCAGAGAAACGCCCAUUUGUAUACAAGCCAUUAAACAAUUGGAAUUUAAUGGAAAAAGAAUUAUAGACCAUGUGAUAAUACACUUUUUUGGGAUGGUUGUGUGAAUUUAAACCAAAGAGUGCUAUUCUGGUGCUAAGUCAAACCACCUGAAAAAUAAUUGUUACUUUUUUUUUUUUAAUGACAUUUCAAAGGUUUGUACUGCUUUGUUUCUGCUGAUUCAAUCACAUCCAUGCAUACUACCAACAAAAAUAUUUUUCCUCACUAUUUCUUUUGCUCAAAAUUUAGUUUGUCCUACAAUUUGUCCUUGAGGCCUCGUUUGUGUGUGUCUCUGUGUGAGACUUAUUUUAUAUCUUAUAGAAUGCACAACAAAAAUUCCAAAUGACUUGUUUCAUGUGUAACUCAAGAAUAUUUUGUGUCCUUGUACCCAAACAUUGAAAAUUAAACAGGUGGUACAGUAUUUUCCAUUGUUUUGAUAGAAACCUUGACAGUUUAGACAAUCACUAGUCAGAUUUAAAUGUGGUUUUAAACUGUUCUGUUUGCAUUAUGCGACACUGUGUUACAUAUGAUGUGGCCAAAGACCAAAGCAGGCUGAUAGAGGAAUUUUCUAAUUUAAAACAAAAUGUUUUUCAUGCAACAAGUGACCGGAGUGGAAUAAAGCAAUUGGUAAAUUAUGCGUAA